AAUCACUAGUCACUACGUUCUCAGUUCUCACUGCUUUGUAUUUUGUGAAUUUUGAUCAAAACAAAAUUCAAAAGAAAUUAUUUUAAUUUUUGUAGUAUAAAAUGUUUACUUGGAUCAUUUGGAUGAUAUUAUUUAACUCAGUUUUUGUGAUAAGUAGGUGCAAUUCGCAGGUUGGACCAGAUCCUUGGGACGUAGGAAGUCGUCAGAUAAUUGAGGAUGAUAUUCCUCCAGAUCUGAAGGCUAUUUCGACAAAAGUAAAAUUAAAGGCUGAUGUAGAUCAAGUUAGUUGUCAAUGGUUUUACAAACGUUUAAUAGCCAUUACUUUAAGAGGCGGUCAAAGAAAAGUAAGUGAAGAAGAUGACACUAUAGAUGUUUCUUUUCAAAUGAGAUAUAGUCAAGCGCAAUGGAACAUACUCAAUGAAUACAUAAAAUCAAAUACAGUCCUUACAGAAGAGAUGCUAAGAAGAUCCAUAGGAUAUAUAGAAGACUCUAUUUAUAAACCUACAAUAACUGAAAAAAUUGUGUUAGCUUGGAGUGAAUAUGUUUACAUCUAUCUUGUUGAGUACAAGGAGUAUAUUACAUGGGGCAUGAGUAUAUUAGCAACAAUUGCGGGAUCUCUUUGGUUAUGGCAUUACAUAUCAUACAAGAAUUUAAUUAUACUGAUAGUAAUUUUAAUGUAUCUAUAUGAAGCAUUCUUGUCUUAUAAGGAGGCUGAAAAGGAAGAAGUGGCAAGGUUUGUCUCAGCCAUUAAGAAAUGCAAGUGGUUUUUUUGGACUUGCGAAAAUUAUGAGCCAGACCCAAUACUGAUAUUUAAACAUAUGAACCCUUUGAAGAUAGGAGUCCGAAUGUUAACUACACUUGUGUCGGAGCCGAUGAUAAUGAUCAGUGAUGUUGUCAAUACUAUGAUACUAAAUAUAACAGGUGGCCUGUGGUAUCCGCUCGAUUAUAUCACAUAUGGAGUAUUAGUAACACUCUUUAAUGGUCUACUUAUAUUUUUGCUUGUAGGAAUAAUAUUUAACUAUUUGUUAAACAUCCCCUUUAAUAUAAGUCUCUUAGGAAUAUUUAGUAUUAAUUUACAGCAGUGGUAUGGAAGUAAACCAGACAGCACCACAAGAAAUGUCCCGGAGGACAAGAUAACUGGUGAAACUUUGAAUAAAGUUUUGGAUGUCUGCUCAAAAGCAUUAUCUAUAAAACACUCUAGUCACAUUGCUGAUAAAGCGUGUAAUUUACCUUCAUCACUUAGUAAUUCUUCGGGUAUGAUAAAGAGGUCAUCAAGUACAGGCCGACUACCAGGUUUAAUGUCCAGUUCUGGAAGUGAUAACUUAAGGCCAUUUAGGUUUUCUAAGCCAGAUGGAAGUGGAGAUGCGCGAUAAUACCAUUAUGGAUUACUUAAUAGUUAAAUACUUGUUUUGAUAAGCAAGUUAAAUAAAUUUUAAGAAAUUAUUAAUCUAAAAAUUUAUACAUUACUUUAUGCGUUUUGUUUUAUAAGUAUUUUAUUUGAUUGUGUGAUACUAACAUAUCUGUUAAAAAUUUAAGUGUUGGAGUCGGUUUGUACCUAUUACGUUCGCAGUCAGUUAGUAAGUUAGAGGACUGUUAGUUUUCGGUAAACUUUUUUUUUUUUUUAUGGAAUAGGAGGACAAACGAGCGUACGGGUCACCUGGUGUUAAGUGAUCACCGCCGCCCACACUCUCUUGCAACACCAGAGGAAUCACAGGAGCGUUGCCGGCCUUUAAGGAAGGUGUACGCGCUUUUUUUGAAGGUACCCAUGUCGUAUCGUCCCGGAAACACCGCACAAGGAAGUUCAUUCCACAGCUUUGUAGUACGUGGAAGAAAGCUCCUUGUGAACCGCACUGUGGAGGACCGCCACACAUCCAGAUGGUGGGGAUGAUAUCCUAACUUGUGGCGUAUCGUGCGAAGAUGGAAUUCGGCGGCAGGAAUCAGGUUGAACAGCUCUUCGGAACAUUCCCCGUGAUAAAUGCGGUAGAAGACACACAAUGAAGCGACGUCUAUACGGAACGCCAAGUGAUCCAGCCGUUCAUAGAGCGCUAGGUCCCCGACAAUUCGAGCUGCUCUGCGUUGCACGCGGUCAAAUGGAUCGAGCUGAUACUGGGGUGCGCCAGACCAGAGAUGACAGCAAUACUCCAUGUGAGGCCGGACCUGCGCUUUGUAGAGCGCUAGAAUGUGGGCCGGCAUGAAGUAUUGCCGUGCUUUAUUUAUGACGCCCAGUUUCUUCGAAGCCAAUUUGGCUUUGCCCUCCAGAUGGCCACGGAAUUGGCAAUCGCUCGAGAUUUCGAGACCCAGUAUUCCGAUACUAGGCGAGGCUUUUAGAACAAAGUUUAAAUUUAGGUAGGACUUGUUCAGUAUUUUACUAAAAUUUUACAAGAAAAGCUAUACGCUUGAAGUUAUACAAAUUAAAUUUGUAACCAAAAUUUAUGAACGAUGCGGGACUCGACUCAACUGUUUGAGUGCGCACGGGUCAUAAAUUUUGUUUAUUUAAUCCCGGAAGUGAGGGUUAUUACUUUAAAAUAACAAAUUGUUUAGUUAUUGUAUAAUAAUAAUAAAUUGAAAAUAAUAUGCUUUUGGUUGGUGUUUGGUCUGCAUGCAUUUUCAAUCUCUUUUCAUUUCAAAAGCAUGUUUUGUUUAAUUAUUAUAGGUAAGCAUAGUAAUGAUAUUAUAGUCUCGGUUAAAAUGUUCUUAUAAAGUUGUCCGUGUAAAAAUGUUUCUCUAAAAGACAAUUCCCUAUUACGAUAAUUUAUCAUUACAAUAAUGAUUCUAGUAAAUUGUCAACUGCCAGAUUUGUAUCUAACUUAGUCAUUAUCUAGUAUCUAUUAUAAAUUUUUGAUUAUCAUCGACCGAAUGAUCAUCUAAUAUUGUGAUACUAAAUCUAUUAUAUGUACAUACCCUAUAUUUUAUCAUAUUAUUGCGAUCAAUGAUAUUUAUGUUUCUUUCGGUUGUUGUAACGUAACUAUUUUAUUCCUGCGACUUCAUCCGCAUUAGGCUGCAUAAAAAGAACGAGCGCGAACAAAAACCUGAAAAAGUCUUCCUUCUCUUUCACUUUCCCUCCCUUUACAUACUCUUUCUCUUUCGAUGGCGAACCAUUAUUCUUUAUAUGUGGGGCCGAACUUUUACAAAUGACAACUUGCGUGCUAUUGAUUUAUUAGUAAGGCUUUGUGAGCGUUACAAAAUCACUCUUGCAUUUAUAACAUUAGGGUUAUUGAUUUUGAUCCAUAUUACCUAUUUUAUAAUUUUGUAUAAGUAGUAAACUACAUCAUAUUAUGUUUUUGUUGCCUUAAGUAAAAUAGAUGAAUAUUGUGCCCUUUCGAUUAUAAAUGUUAUGUCGUAAGAAUAGGAUCUAGGCAGGAGGUACACAUGGAUUAUGUAUUUUAUAUUAAAAUGUGUAAAGUAUGUAAAUAUAAAUAAAACUGUUUUAACAAAA